CGUGCACAUUCACCACCCGCCCACUACCAUGUCCACAUCAACAGCACUGCUGCGUUCGCUUCGGCUGACACUUGCGCGAAGGUGUAGACACCGGCCAGCAUCACGCGCGUUGUCCCAGCUCCCCGAGAAGGGGCUAGUCUCCAGCUCGAAGGAACCACAAUCCCUCGCUCAGGUCAUUGAAGACUCCAUCAAAGCAACCGGGCCAAUGUCCGUUGCUCGCUACAUGCAGCUGUGUCUCACCCAUCCGGAAUGGGGAUACUACAGUCAGGGUGACGUGUUUGGGCGCGAGGGCGACUUCAUUACGUCCCCCGAGAUAAGCCAAGUGUUUGGCGAGCUCGUGGCAAUCUGGCUGCUGACACGGUGGAUGGCUGCUGGCUCGCCGGAGCGCGUGCGCCUCCUUGAAUUAGGACCCGGACGAGGGACUCUCAUGGACGAUGUGCUGAGGACAUUCCAGGCGUUAGCAAAGUUCAAAGUGGAUUCGGUGACGCUCGUCGAGUACAGUGAGAAGAUGCGAGGCAUCCAGCGUGCGAAGCUCGGUCCGCGAUGCGAGGCGCUUGGCGCAAAAUUGAUCUUCGAGGAGGAGAUUUCUGGCGUCCAGAAGUCACCGCUGUUUACUAUGUUUAUCGCUCAUGAGUUUUUUGACGCGUUGCCUGUACAUGUUUUCCAACGUGACGAGGCCGGCUUCCGCGAGGUUCGUGUGGAUCGCAACCCCUCGCACUUGCCGGCUGCGCACAACGCUCGCUUUCGGCUUGGAGUGGACCGAGAGUCGUCCCUGCUCUCCCAACUUCUCCCCGCAUCAUCCGCGCGCUUUGGACGUUUGCCCAUUGGCAGCCGUGUCGAGAUCUGCCCCGACUCGUCUCGAAUUGUGCGCCGCGUUGGUGAAGUGAUGGCGGACGGAGGGGGCGCAGGUCUCAUCGUCGACUACGGCGCCGACAGGAGCUUCAGCGACUCCGUCCGCGGGUUCCGGAAGCACAAGGUUGUUGACCUGUUUGAGGAGCCCGGUACUGCUGACCUCACGGCGAAUGUUGACUUUGCAUACCUCAAAGAGUCUCUUGAAGGCGUCGCCGAAACCGCUGGUCCUAUCUCGCAAGCGCAGUUCCUGCUCUCGCUUGGUCUUGAGCCACGUCUCGACAAACUGCUUGCCUCUGCGGCAGACCAGGAGAAGCGUAAGCGAAUUCAAGACGGUGCGAAGCGCCUCGUCGACAAGACAGGCAUGGGGACGCAAUACCAGGUCAUGGCGGUAGUCAAGGGGCCUGCCAGCGAGGACGACGUGUAUCCCUUCGACAAGACACCAAAGGACCCCGACUCCCCGAAACCGGAGGCACAGUCAUAAACUGUAAGCUAUAACACAUGCAUUAUACAAAAUCUACAAAUUUAGUCUAGUGAGCUUGUCGUCGAGCGCGGUCAAGCGCGCCUGCACGCUUUCCCAGUUCUUGCUGAUCGACACGCUCGCGUCAACCAUGCCUUGCUGCACACCCGCAACGACAGCACGCAGCUCACGCUCCUCCUCGGCCAUAGCCCUGUCCGAUGACUGCAACUCUCGCAGAUCGUCGGCGAUGGCAAUGCUCUCGGCAUGGAGCGUAGACAAGCUGCGAAGGCGGGUGAGGAGCGGAGGGAUGAUGGGAAGCAGAGGGUCCAGACGGGGAAGGAGGCUGAAAAUUGACUGCAAGCGCUCAAGGUCAGAAGGAG